GCCAACAAAAAAGGAGCGAACUGGGGAAGAAACCUGCCAUCUUCUUGUGGAGCUGUUCGCUGUAUUGUACAUAUAAUUAAUAAAAGGGUACUUUCCCGAGACGUUUCGAGUUCUGUUAAUAUGCCCGAGGAUACUCCAGCUCCUUCAACCACAGGAAGCAUGGAGGAAAAGCCCUGCUCGUCAAGCGCCGCUGACAGCUCUGAUGUCAUGGAUGAGGCCAAAAAGCUGAUUGGCACUGGAAACCGGCAUCUGGUUAUGGGGGAUGUGGUGUCUGCAGUUAAUGUGUUCCAGGAGGCCUGUGGCAUGCUAGCAGAGAAAUAUGGAGACACGGCAGAUGAAUGUGGAGAAGCAUUCUUUUUGUGUGGAAAGUCUCUUCUGGAACUAGCAAGGAUGGAGAAUACUGUCCUUGGCAAUGCUCUGGAAGGAGUUCCUGAGGAGUCUUCUGAGGAAGGGGAGAAGCUAGACAACUCCAAAAUAGAGAGUGCAGAUAACUUAGAUGAAAAAACUAGGGAUGAGCUUCGCGUGCAAGUUUACAGUGCCAUGGCAGAGAAGGAAAAAAGCGAAGCUGAUGGUGCCGAGGAUAAGAUGGAGACUGAGGAACAGGGUGGUGUUGCCCAGUCCCCUGCCAAAGAUGGAAAGGGGGAAGUUACUGAGUCUACUGUGAAUGGAAUGGAUGUGGCUGGUGCUACUGCUGUACAAUCUCCCAAGAAGGAAAAGGAUGGUGUUCCCCUGGCUUCGUCACUCAAUAAGAAUAAGCUGCCGGAAUGCUGCCCUAAAUCUCCCAGCAAAAAUGAAGGGAAUGUUCCUGAAGCUCCAUCUUCCAAUAAGGAUGAGGGUGGAAUUCCUGAAGCUCUCUCUCCCAGCAAAAAGGAGGGUGGAGUUCCUGAAGCUCCUUCCAAUAAGGAUGAGGGUGGAGUUCCUGUGGUUCCCUCUCCCAGCAAAAAUGAGGGCGGUGUUUCUGAAGCUCCUUCCAAUAAGGAUGAGGGCCCUGUUCCUGUGGCUCCAUCUCCCAGCAAAAAUGAGGGUGGUGUUUCUGAAGCUCCUUCCAAAAAGGAUGAGGGCCCUGUUCCUGUGGCUCCAUCUCCCAGCAAAAAUGAGGGUGGUGUUUCUGAAGCUCCUUCCAAGAAGGAUGAGGGCGGUGUUUCUGAAGCUCCUUCCAAGAAGGAUGAGGGCGGUGUUUCUGAAGCUCCUUCCAAGAAGGAUGAGGGCGGUGUUUCUGAAGCUCCUUCCAAGAAGGAUGAGGGCGGUGUUUCUGAAGCUCCUUCCAAGAAGGAUGAGGGAGGUGUUUCUGAAGCUCCUUCCAAGAAGGAUGAGGGCGGUGUUUCUGAAGCUCCUUCCCAGAAGGAUGAGGGUGGUGUUUCUGAAGCUCCUUCCAAGAAGGAUGAGGGCGGUGUUUCUGAAGCUCCUUCCAAGAAGGAUGAGGGCGGUGUUCCUGUGGCUCCAUCUCCAACAAAGGAUGACAGUGGUAUUCCCUUGGUGCCGUCUCCCAAGAAGGGUGAGAUUGGUGUUGCUGUUGUGCCAUCUCCCAAGGAUGAGGUGAAAGGAGCUGAAGGUCAGAGUGCAGAGAAGGUGGCAGAGGUGGAAGAACCUUGUGACGAUGAAAAGAUGGAUGAGGGUGGAGAGGAUGACGACGACGACGAUGAUGAUGAAGAUGGAGAGGGCACUGCUGACGAUAAGGAGAGUGAGGAAGAGGAGGUGGGGAACCUGCAGUUGGCCUGGGAGAUGUUGGAAGUGGCUAAAGUCAUCUACAAAAGGAAAGAGGACAAGGAGGACCAGUUAAUGGCAGCACAAGCACACCUCAAGCUUGGGGAAGUUGGUGCUGAAUCAGGCAAUUACAUUCAGGCCUUGGAGGACUUCCAGGAAUGCCUGAACUUGCAGCUGAAGCACCUGCCCCCCCACAGUCGCUUGUUGGCUGAGACACACUACCAGCUGGGCGUGACCUUCAGCUAUACCACUCAGUACGCCCAGGCCAUCCAGCACUUUAACAGCUCCAUCCAGGUCAUCGAGAGCCGACUAGCAAUGCUCCAGGAGGCCAUUGACAAGGCAGAGGACACAGACGGAGCUACAGAAGAGAAACGGGAGACUGAGGAGCUGAAGCAGCUGCUGCCUGACAUUAGAGAGAAGGUGGAGGACGCCCGGGAGAGCCAGAAGACUGCCGGAGCAGCCUCGGUGGCCAUACAGCAGACCCUGUCUGGGGCCUCCACUUCUGCUUUUUCAGGUGAAAACGGUGGAACCUCAUCAUCUACUCUAAGCCAGAUCUCUGUGGCACCUACUGAUGGAGCUGCCUCCAAAUCUGCAUCGGACAUCUCUCACUUGGUCAGGAAGAAGAGGAAACCAGAGGAGGAGGGCCCAGUAAAGGACAGUGGUGCUAAAAAAGCCAAACAGGAGGCCACAGUUAAUGGCAACGGAGACUCCGCCAGCAACGGCAAUGGAGUCCAGGAGAAAAUGGAGCAGGAUGAGCCAGUGAAGCCGUCCACCACAGUGGAGACCUCGUGAUGUCCUUCCUGAAGAUGGCAGAUCAACCAGUACAGCAUGCUCCCUUUCCCUCCCAUCUGUAAGCUUUGUGUUGUAAAUAAGGCAUUUCCAUGUUAAAUGUUUGUUCCCCUUUUUGUAAAAUUGUAGUACGUUUCAAUAAAGAAUAUUUGCAAAAGUGAA